AAGUAUAUAGUGUGUACUGUACAUGCAAGGCACGUAUCUAAUUUCAUAUUUUUCUAAAUCCAUCGUAGAAAUAAAUUUGCGUUCGUUUCCUGAACAUGUUUUGCAUUAUCGCAAACACUUUGUGGGCCAUGUUCGGAUCAAUUUGGAGAUAUUUUGUCGCCAAAAAAUCAGUCAGUGGCGAAAUAGUUUUGAUAACGGGCGCUGCCCAAGGUAUAGGAAGAGAGAUGGCACUUCUGUACGCAUCUGAAGGCGCUACCGUGGUCUGCGUGGACAUACAAGAAGAAUCCAACAGAAAAACUGCCAGAAUGAUAUCCGAUCUGGGAUACGGAAAAGCACACGCUUAUACGUGCGACGUAAGUGAUUACGCAAAAGUGAUGGAUAUGUGUCAAGAGGUCGAAAGGACAGUAGGAAAUGUUACCAUUUUAGUUAAUAACGCAGGUAUUGCUUUUGUCAACCGACUUUGUGCGAUGUCCAAAGAAGAAAUUGAACGAAAUAUCUGCGUUAACGCCUUAUCUCACUUUUGGAUGAUAAAAGCUAUAUUGCCGUCAAUGUUAAAAAACAAUUAUGGUCACAUAGUCGCUGUGGGAUCGAUGAGUAGUUUUGGCGGAGUUCCACUUCUUAUUCCGUAUAGCGUCUCAAAGUAUGCAAUUCAAGGUUUAAUGGAGAGCUUACGAAAAGAACUGGCUCUGUACGAAAAUUGUCAAAUCAAAACUACGUUGGCACAUCCCCUCUUUGCUGAUACGGAAAUGGUUAGAAAGGCCAAUGCUAAUUUGCCUUCUAUUUUGCCGCGGACUCACCAAAAGGACGUGGCCACGAGCAUAAUGAAUGCCCAAAGAAAUGAAAUGGUAGAAGUUACUAUUCCUGGUCACUACUUAGCGUUAAGGUGUUUAAUAAGAUCACUUCCUCCAAAGUUCUGUGCCUUAUUCUACAAAUAUUUUAAAAUCGAGAUACAAAAUGGCCCUUCUUAAUAGCAUUAAGCAUACAGAAAACGCAGGACUAUAGAAUGAAAACCUUUUUAUAAUGCACCGAUAACCAACUAUCGACCAGCUCUGGGAAUUUUUGAUUAAACGGUAGUGGUGACGCAAAUAACAAAUCGUAUUCGUAUGGUGUAUUGUUUUGUGUGUGUGUUCUUAGUUGUUACAGAAGAGUCAAACAAAUACAAUACGAUACGAAUACCUACACACAGGAUAGGUACUCAGUUUAAUUUACUGUCAAAUUUAAGUGUUUGUAAUAACCCAAGUCCAACCGAAAGACGACUGCGCAACUUAAAACC